AUGGUUAAGUCUCAUAGUAACAACAACAACAAGAUCAAACAAGAACCAUUAACGAUAACUAAAACAAAUGCAAGUAUCUCAGAUAAUAGCAACAAGAUGAAGAAGAAGUAUAAAGGAGUAAGAAUGAGAAGCUGGGGUUCAUGGGUAUCAGAGAUUAGAGCACCGAAUCAAAAAACAAGAAUAUGGUUAGGUUCUUAUUCGACUCCAGAAGCAGCUGCUAGAGCUUACGAUGCUGCACUUUUAUGCCUUAAAGGUUCUUCCUCAGCUUCAAAUCUCAAUUUCCCUUUAACAGCCUCUUCUUCAGUUUCACAUUGCAUUAUUCCUCAAGAUAUGUCUCCGAAAUCAAUCCAAAGAGUUGCCGCAGCUGCGGCUAAUAGUGUCGAUGUCAGUGUCAGUGUCAAUGUCAACAGUAGCACUCCCUCUUCAUCAUCUUCGUCUUCAAUGGUUUCUUCUUCUGAUGGUGUUUCAAUUAUGUCAUCUUUUGAUCAAGCGAAUGGUGGAUCAUUGGAUAUGAUGGAAAGUAAUUGGUAUGGAUUAGAAGGUUUAGAGUCUCCGAAAUAUGUUGAUCAGAUGCUGUUAAGUGCUUCUUUCUUUGAUGUUGAAUAUUCAUCAUAUUUGCUUGAUGAUGUGUACGAAGAAAGUGAUAUUCGUUUGUGGAACUUCAGCUGA